AUGGAAGAACAGCAGCCGGAACCUAAAAGUCAGCGCGACUCGGGCCUCAGCGCGUCGGCGGUGGCGGCGGCCCCGGGCAGCCUCAGCCUGAGCCUCAGCCCCGGCGCCAGCGGCAGCAGCGGCAGCGAUGGAGACAGCGUGCCGGUAUCCCCGCAGCCCGCGCCCCCCUCGCCGCCCACGGCGCCCUGCUUGCCGCCCCUGGCCCACCACCCGCACCUCCCCUCGCACCCCCCGCCCCCGCCGCCGCCGCUGCCGCCGCCGCCGCAUCUCGUGGCGCCUGCUCACCAGCCGCAGCCCGCGGCCCAGCUGCACCGCACCACCAACUUUUUCAUCGACAACAUCCUGAGGCCGGACUUCGGCUGCAAAAAGGAGCAGUCGCCGCAGCAGCUCCUGGUGGCGGCCGCGGCCGGAGGAGGCGCAGGAGGAGGCCGGGUGGAGCGUGACAGAGGCCAGACCGGCUCAGGUAGAGACCCUGUCCACCCGCUGGGCACGCGGGCACCAGGCGCCGCCUCGCUCCUCUGUUCCCCGGACGCAAACUGUGGCCCACCCGACGGCUCCCCGUCAGUCGCUGCCGGAGGCACGGGUGCGUCCAAGGCUGGGAACCCAGCAGCUGCGGCGGCGGCGGCGGCGGCGGCAGCGGCCGUGGCGGCGGCGGCGGCGGCGGCAGCAGCAACAGCCAAGCCUUCAGACAGCGGCGGCGGCAGUGGCGGCGGCGUGGGGAGCCCCGGUGCGCAGGGUGCCAAGUACCCGGAGCACGGCAACCCAGCCAUCCUGCUUAUGGGCGCAGCCAACGGUGGGCCCGUGGUCAAAACGGACUCGCAGCAGCCUCUCGUGUGGCCCGCUUGGGUCUACUGCACACGCUACUCCGAUCGUCCGUCCUCCGGUCCGCGCACCAGGAAGCUGAAGAAGAAGAAGAACGAGAAGGAGGACAAGCGGCCUCGGACGGCGUUCACCGCCGAGCAGCUGCAGAGACUCAAGGCGGAGUUCCAGGCAAACCGCUACAUCACGGAGCAGCGGCGGCAGACCCUGGCCCAGGAGCUCAGUCUCAACGAGUCCCAGAUCAAGAUCUGGUUCCAGAACAAGCGCGCCAAGAUCAAGAAAGCCACCGGCAUCAAGAACGGCCUGGCACUGCACCUCAUGGCGCAGGGACUGUACAACCACUCCACCACCACGGUCCAGGACAAAGACGAGAGCGAGUAGCCGCCCAGGCUGGGGCCGCGCGGUCCGCCUUUGCGCCCGCGCCCGCCGGGCACCGCCGUGGCCGCCUCGCCAGCCCAGCUCCGGGGAGAAAGAAUCUGCGCAAAAGAGAGAGGGAGCAACAGGGGAAAGAGAGAGGGCUCCCCAGAAUGGAGAGUCACGCUCGAAGGCAACGAUUUUAAAAAGGAAGAGAGACUCGGACAGGUGCUAUCGAAAAAUAAGAUCUAUUCUCUAUAAACAGUAUAAGGGACGUAACUGCAAACUCCUUAAAGCUCUAUCUAGCCAAACCGCUCACGACCUUGUAUAUAUUUAAUUUCAGGUAAGGAAAAGAAAGAUGUGUAGCGAUCUCUAUUUGCUGGACUUUUUAUUAAUCUCCUUUAUUAUUAUUGUUAUAAUUAUUAUAAUAAUUAUUAUUUUAUCCCCCACCUCCACCCCCCGAGCUGCCCCGGCCCAGUUUCGUUUUCGUUGCCUUUUUCUUUUGAUGUUAUCGCUUCUCCGGUGCCUCCCGCCCCGCAUCGCUGGCCCUCGUUUCUCUGGGACUUUUCUUUGUGUGCGUGAGAGUGUGUUCCCUCGCGUGUCUGCUCCUCGCUCUCCCCCGCCUCCCCAGCCCCUUUCUGUCGCUCUGUCUGUCCUGCCCCCCUUUCGUUUUCCGGAGACUUGUUGAGAAAUACGACCCCACAGACUGCGAGACUGAACCGCCGCUACAAGCCAAAGAUUUUAUUAUGUUCAGAAACCUGUAGUCUGAAAUAAAGUGUACACUGUGCUCACGCGCGCCGGCGGCCCCCUCUUUUCGGUCUGGGGAAGGCGUGGGCGCGGGCGCAGGGCCUAGCGACCCCCGCGCCCUGCGCGCACAGUGCACCCAGCGCUCGUCGCACAACGAA